AUGGCGUUCCAGAGUGUCCUACCGCUUUCUUGUUCGGAACGUGCCUCGUUCUACCGCGAACGUGCAUCGCAGACGUAUAAUGCGUUCUGGUACUUCGUGGGUCCGACGCUGGCUGAAAUUCCCUACUGCUUCAUGAGUUCGCUGAUCUUCACUGUGAUCUUCUACCAGUCGUGGGAUUCCAAGGCUUCGUCCCCGUCGUCUUGUUCUGGUUGA